AUGGCUGAACUGGAAGAAGCUGCUGGUGGUGAAGCAGCAGCGUUGAUAAAAGAAGAAGCGGUGUUAUCUGAGCUAGAAGGUGAUUUGGGGGGAUCUGCUCCCAGACAAAGAGUGAAGCGAACUUCUUUAGCGUGUAUCCGAUGUCGUACGAGACAUAUCAAAUGUCCAGGAGGAAAUCCUUGUAAGAAGUGCCAGAUGGCACAGACCAAAUGUGAAUACAUUGAAGCUGAUAGAAAGAUUGUAGUAUCCAUGAAAUAUCUUAGUAAGUUGCAUGACGAUAUAGCCAGGUUGAAGAAAGACAAUGCGACAUUAAGGAAUAACUUGAAGAAGGAAGCAGAUCUGAACAAAUUAUCAAACACUGCUGCUGAUAAAGAUAUACUUGGUGGUGGCUCACGUCCAUCAUUGGUUCGAGAUUCAAGUGUCUCACUGCUUCACAGGGGAGAUUCCACUUCUUUAGAUUCAAGUGCAUCUAAUGGUUCAGGCUAUGAUUCUGGCAGAUCUCCCAAUGCGUUUACGAAUAAUCUUCGAUAUUAUCCCCAAACUUAUUAUCAGGGUAACCAACAACUGCAUUCGCAAGUUCUGCAUCCGCAUGCUCUGCAACUGCAACUGCAAUAUUCUCAAGUUAAGGAUGAAAUGGCUCAGGAAGUAAUACAACCAUCACUAGAUAAACAUGGGAGACUCAUACAAUCAAGAACAGGAGAGAAAUUGUAUGCUGGAUCUUCAUCUAUGACACUUUUUGGGUUAGAAAUCCAAAAUAUGGUUCUGCAAUCAUCAUUGUCUUCUCCUACUACAUCCCCAAUAGAAUCAAACAAUAUGAUUACUACUAAUAAUAAUAAGAUGUCUCCUUCGUCAAUUCAACAGAUGAUAUCUCAACAACAAUCCAUACCAUUGAAUAAACUGGUGAAAUCAGAGUCACAGUCUUCAACGAACCGUGGAAGUAAACGUGAAACUGAAAUAUUGGAAAAGGAAGGCAAUGCCUAUAAGAUCACAUUGGCUAAAACAAAUACUAGACCAGGUCUACUGAUUAAUUUCACCCUUCCAUCAUAUUCGUAUGCAAUGUUAUUGGUGGAUACAUUUAUCAACUACAACGAUGGUUGCUUCUAUUUCUUCAAUGAAGGACUCGUGAAAAGGUUUCUUAUGAAUCUUUAUAGUGGGAAGUCACAUGAGAAUAAGAAGAUAUUAAAACGUAAUCAUACUAAUGUGGCUAGAAAUGAAGGGAAUGCCGAUAUCGAUGAAAAUACCAUUAAAAAGGAUGCAGAUGAUGAUACCAUUUUAGAAACCAUUUGGUUCUGUAAGAUCCUACUUAUAUUUGCAAUUGGAGAGAUGUAUUUAGGUACAGAGUCGGAUAUUCAUAUUAAAAAGCUGAAGAUAAUUGAUAAAUUGGCAUAUGCUUCCACCAAGAACAAAUCAAACACUACCAACAAAGAUCCUCAGUUUAUAUCCAAUAUGGACAUGAUGACAGAAAAUGAAGAGACCAUUAAAGAGAAGAAGAAUACUUUACCUGGAUCUGGGUUCUUCUUCCAAGCAUCAGAAUUAUUUACAGGAUUGUUUGCAUCUGGAGCUAUUGAUAAUUCCACCAAAGAUGGAGGUAUUGAAGCCAUGCUUCUUUAUGCAUUUUAUUUACAAGUGGCCGAUUGUACUAUUGCAUCAUAUUUUUAUUUUGGACUAGCACUUCGUUCUACGUUAAUUUUAGGGUGGCAUGUGGACUCCGAAAAGGAUAAUUUGAACCGAUUUGAAUUGGAGCAUAGAAGAAGAAUUUGGUGGACUGUUUAUAUGUAUGAAAGAAUGUUACUGUCUAAAGCUGGGUUGCCAUUAAGUUUUGCAGAUGAUAGUGUUUCAACAGAAUUACCCGUUGAUUUUGAUAUGAGUCUUGAUGAUUGUCCAAGAGAUGACAAUGAUAUAAGAGGAUUCUAUAUUUUCCCAUCUGCUGAAUACAUUAAUAAUUGUGUUACCAUCACUCAGAUUAAUGCUAUUAUUUUAUCUUCAUUAUAUACCAAACAACCCACGGUUAAUAUUUUACCAGUUGUUUCUGAUUUGGUUCAUAAGUUGAUGCAAUGGAAGAACGCUUUACCUCCAUUUCUAAAAGUGGAUUAUUUACAAGAGAAUUUGAAAGUAUCUCGAUUAAUUGUUAAUUUAAUGACUGAAUAUUUCCAAGGUAUGAAUUUAGCAGUUCGGCCACUUUUAUUCCAUUUUGCUACCAAAAAAUUGAAAGAUUUACAAACUUCAAUGGCCCUGAACAAAUACGUUGACCUCACAAAAUAUUCCAAAAAUGUUUUAACUUUACUAAAUGCUUCAUUUCAAGCUUCAAUUAAUACCAUCAAAUCGAUUUGGGCUUUGGUACCUGAAAAUAUGGUGGCAUUAUUUGGUUGGAUGGAUAGAGAAUAUCUUUUCACAUCAGCAUCGACACUAAUCUUAUUUAACACUUCUUUUGGAGUCCACGAAGCAACAAAGGAACAUUUAGACCAUGCAUUAAUUAUAUUUACCCGGAUGAAGGAGCUUGGGAAUUAUCCGGCUGCCUUACGAAGAGCUCAAUUGUUGAAGCUUAUUAGAGUUUUGGACUUCAACGGAGUAAUGAGUGAUUUACUCCAGAAGCAUGAUGACGAAGAGGAAGAAGGAGAAUACAGUGAGCAAGUAACUGGUGAAAGAUCUAAUAUGAUAAAUAACCCAUUAAUUGAUACUGCCAGAGAAUUUGAAGAUCUUAAUCCCAUAAACCAUCCGUUGAGAUCACGUGACCGUGAUCAUGGCCGGGAUCAAACUCUACCUCCAGCUGAUAAUUCUUCAACGAUGACAACGACAACAGUAAGGAACGAUAAGGAGAAGUUUAGUUUUAUUGAUUUCGAAAAGAGUGUCCCUGAAGAUUACUAUACUCAAGCUACUGGUCCCACAACAUUUAAUUUUGAUGAUAAUGGUGAUAUGGUUGUAGAUGGAACUGGAGACGACAUUUAUAAUAGUGAUUUGGCAGGGAUCGAAGGGGUCAUGUACUUGGAUGAUGAACAGAAAUUAUGGCAUGAUAUUACCACUGAAGCUGUAUGGUUAAAUACCAAUAAUCCUACGCAACCCCCGUCACGUGACUUGAGCCAUACGGAUUUCUUUAAGAAUUCUUUUAAUCCAAGAGAAAAAUACCCGAGUUUAUUGAAGUCUCGAAAUCAAAGUCCGCUCAAUGAAACCGGGCCGGGGACAGGGCCGGUCACGGGGUCGGUCACGGGCACCAAAAGCUCAUCCCAAGAAGACAACCAACAGUAUCAAAACAUCUACGAGGGAUUGAUGGACAGUCUUAGUAAUAAUACCGGGUAUCAUCCGGUACACAAUGGGUUCAGUCACAAUGUAACUGCUGGAGGUUACAGCGACAUAAUUAACCAAGAGUUCCAAGAUAUGAUGGAAGGUUAA